CCGGCAAACGGUAAACAUCGAAUUCACGUCACUCUCGUUCAAUUUACACAAAUUUAAACACCAAAACGUAUUCUAAUUGUGCAAAACUAAAUUCUAUUAUCCAUUUUACAUUUUAAUAAUAACAAGUGUAUUCAGUGUUUGUGUAUAGUGUACAUAAUAGUAUAAUUGCAUUAUCCAUCUCUCCAAGGACUCGUUUCUUGCCAUGUUAGAAGAAGAGACUUUUUCCACGUCCCUAUAAAACUUCACCAGCCACAACCAUGACUAGAAACAAACUUAGCCAAAGAACCUGGUCAACAAAACCUGGUCUCACCAUGCUGAAGUCCCUGACACCACAACCGUCUUAUUCCUUUGAUCAAAACAAAUCUGAGCAAAAAAAUUCAACUUCGUUAUGAUGGCUCGCAAAAAACGUGGCCUGCACCUCAUCUGCGGCCUGAUCCUGGGCCUGAUCCUAGGCCUGGCUAUUCAGAGACACGUCAGGAGCUGCUGGUACUCCUUGGACGAACGAAGGACGACCAGAGGAUUACUUAGUCAAAAUGAUCCUUUGACAGUCAUUGGUUUGAAGGAAGUCAACGGAUCGGUGAAGGAUGAGCUGCUUUUUGUGGGCGUUAUGACGACCAAAGAAUAUUUGGGGGAUCGUGCUCCGGCAGUUUGGGAAACCUGGGGUUCUCGUGUUCCAGGACGUCUAGCAUUUUUCAGCUCCGAAGGAUCAGAGUUGCCUUCAACAGUAGACCAAAGGAUACCUUUGGUCAGUCUUCAGGAGGUCGACGACACUUAUCCUCCGCAGAAAAAGUCUUUCGAAAUGUUGACUUAUAUGUACGAACAUUAUCUGGACAGAUUCGAGUGGUUUUUGAGAGCCGAUGAUGAUGUCUAUGUUAGGACGGAGAAGCUGGAAGUCCUUAGGUCGGUGGAUAGCAGGAAGACACAAUUUAUAGGUCAGGCCGGCCGAGGCACCCAGUCGGAGCUCGGUCGCCUCGCUCUCAACUCGGACGAGAACUUCUGCAUGGGGGGCCCCGGCGUCCUUAUGUCGAGAGAGACUCUGCGCAGAGUGGGGCCCCAUGCCAGGGAAUGCCUCAACGAGAUGUACAGCACGCACGAGGACGUCGAAUUGGGAAGGUGCGUUCGGAGGUUCGCGGGGGUGCCGUGCACUUGGAGCUACGAGAUGCAGUCGAUUUUACAUCACAAUUCCAGCGGAGUUAAGGCCUUUAGUGGAAAUUUAAAGACAAGGGAAGUCCACAAGGCGAUAUCCUUGCACCCUGUAAAGAAACCGCCCCUGAUGUAUAGGCUGCAUGCUUACAUCCUCAGUCUGGACAUUCAGCACGAGCAACAAAAAAGAAUCGAUCUGCACAGGGACCUUGCAAAAAUGUCCUUGUCUGUUCAGAGUUACCGAGAUAAACAGCAGACACAUCCUGAAUGGAACGUUUUAGGUGCGGAAUCAAGCUUGAACCGAUACUACCCGAGACGAGUCGAAGACGUCAUCAGCUGGGAAUUCAUGUCAAAAUCCUUGUUUUCCCAUACACAUUCGAAUCCUAAACGCAGAAUGGAGGCCAAUAUUCGAGAAGGACUCAACGACGUUGUCCGAGAGGUGAUGGAGAACAUAAACACUUACUCGAGACAGCGCGGCAGGAUAAUUGAAUUUCGCGAACUUUUAUACGGCUACCAGAGACUGGAUCCUCUUCAUGGACAUGACAUGAUUUUAGAUUUAUUGCUCGUAUAUAAAAAGUAUCGAGGGAAAAAGAUGACGGUGCCUGUCAGGAGACAUGCUUAUAUACAGAGGACAUUUGCAGAAUUGGAAAUCCGAGAAACCUACACGGACAGCAUAAAAUUGAACUCUUACAUCGACUUCCCCAUGAUGACUGGAGAGUACGAAAUGGAAUCUUUCUACAAUUCAGGAAACCUGGCAAUAACAUCAUCCCAGAACAAUUUAUCAUCAGAACUGCCAAAUCGUGAUGUGGUCAGCUCCAAAGUCUAUUCAUCAUUCGAAGACGAAACAAUACACUUCAUCCUGCCCUUGAGUGGAAGGUUUGAUACAUUUCAAAGGUUCAUGAGUGUUUACGAGGAUGUAUGUUUGAAGAACAAAGCCAACGUGGCUUUGUAUGUGAGUUUGUUUAAGAACAAAGAUUUCAAUGAAGACUUCGAUAAGUCGAUUGACUUGGUCCAAAAGUAUUUAGUGAAGUACAGAAGUGCUAAAAUUCAAGUGAUACCAGUUGUCGAUAUUGAAUUUGCUCGAGCUUAUGCUCUGCAGUUGGGAGUCGAUAAAUGUGUAAAUGAUUGUUUGUUGUUGUUUAUAGAUGUAGAUAUGAUUUUUAACACACGUGCCUUGUGGAACGUUAGGAUGAACACUAUAAAAAACAAACAGUACUAUUUCCCCAUAGUUUUCAGUGAAUACAACCCUCUAAUCGUCUACGAUCCCGAUUACGCAACCGAGAACUCCCAAACGAUUCCAAAAGACUACUUUUGCGUCACCGAACAAGCUGGAUAUUUCAGACAAUUCGGUUACGGUAUAGUAAGUCUAUACAAAAGUGAUUUACUUACCAUAAGUGGCCUAAAUUCCAACAUUAAAGGUUGGGGUUUAGAGGACGUUCAGAUGUUCGACAAGUGUGUUUCCUCGAAUUUGAGCAUCUUUCGAAGUGCCGAUUCGAAUUUCGUGCAUGCCUAUCAUACUGUUCUAUGUGAUAAUAGUUUAGAUUUAGUGCAGUAUAAAAUGUGCCAGGGUACCAAAAGUAAUACUUAUGCGAAUUAUGAACAAUUAGUCAUGUAUAUUAGGAGGCAUCCCAAUGUUAUUAAGUUUGAUCAUAAUAAAUCGGAUAGUUGA